UAUUUUUGAAAGCUCGUGUCGAGUCAAAUGGUAACAAAUUAUUAGGGACUAAAGAAGUAUCUUACUAUAAUUAAGUGACUUAUUUUCAUCAAUAAGGAUGUAAUUCAUGUUUUUUUCAAAACUAUAUACUCCAUAUUUUAACAAAAUACUUGAAAAUUAAAUUUGAGUGAUUUUCUAGAUUUAUACAUUUAAAGUAAUUUAUUACCAUAAAACCAUUCAUUAAAGUGACAUGCUUAUUCUUCAUAGCAAAAUGAAAACAUUAGCCGAUGCGGUGUGAAGCAUUUAUUUUCUUUUCUUUGAGCAUAAAUAGGGAGGGGAUGUAUUUUAAAUUGUUUUAUUUAACGGUGUGCGUAUUUAUUAUCCCAAUUUGUUUCAUCAGAUUUAUGAACUUAUAUGAUAAAUAUGGGUUCGAUGUAUGUAAAUAGGAAAGUAAAAUACAACGUCCAUUUCCAGGACAAUGACAAAUCCAAUUUAUGAUCCCAUUAAUUUGCUUUUAUGCAUAGACUAGAUUAUCUCAAAGGGCAUCAUAUUUAUUUUGGUUUACUCUAAAAGUGAUUACAUACUAAUUUCCCCUUAAAGUAGAUAUUUGUGUAAUUGUUGAUGAGAAAUGGAAAGGAAAACAUUCCAGAUAAGUUGACACAUAAUAAAACCAGCAAUAAAUGUAUAUGUAUACGAAUACAUACAAUGAUGUUUUAUAGACGUUAAUUCGACGUAUUUAAAUGGGUAGUAAUUAGUACUAGUAUUUAUUACAACACUUUAUAUAUAGAUAUACAAAAUGUGCAUAUAUAUAAACCCUUCCUUCCUCUUUCUCUUUCUCUUUCUCUUUCUGAGAAGCUUCAUUCUCCCUCCAUUGCUGAAUAUCCAUGGACUUGUCUUCUUUCCACACCAAUACUAUACUAUUACUAGUCUCUCUCUACUCAAUAAUCCUAUGAUUAAUUCCUAAUUUCAAUCAUUUUCUACUCAAUUUGUUAUUAAUCAACCAUGAGGCCUCUACAGCCGCCGCCGAAUCGGCCAACCCGGCAGCGGCGCCGCCCCGACCUAACCCUGCCGAUGCCGCAGCGCGACACCUCCCUGGCCGUCCCCCUCCCCCUGCCGCCGAGCUCGUCCAAUCUCCAACUCGAGCACUCAGAGCUGGAGCGCGUGACCCGCAUCGGGAGCGGCGCCGGCGGCACCGUGUACAAGGUCCUCCACCGCCCCAGCGCCAAAAUCUACGCCCUCAAAGUGAUCUACGGCAACCACGAGGACGCCGUUCGCAACCAGAUGCGCCGCGAAAUCCAGAUCCUCCGCGACGUCGACAACCCUAACGUGGUGCGCUGCCACAACCUCAUCGACCACAACGGCGAGAUCCAAGUCCUGCUGGAGUACAUGGACCGGGGAUCGCUCGAGGGCACGCACAUCCGCAGCGAAUCCUCCCUCUCCGACCUCGCCGGCCAGAUCCUCUGCGGCCUGCACUACCUCCACCGCCGCAAAAUCGUCCACCGCGACAUCAAACCCUCCAAUUUGCUCGUCAAUUCGCGAGGAGUCGUGAAAAUUGCCGAUUUCGGAGUGUCCAGAAUCCUGGCGCAGACCAUGGACAACUGCAAUUCGUCGGUGGGGACGAUCGCGUACAUGAGCCCCGAGCGGAUCAACACCGAUCUCAAUCACGGGAGAUACGACGGAUACGCCGGUGAUAUCUGGAGUUUGGGGGUCAGCAUUCUGGAAUUCUAUUUGGGGAAAUUCCCCUUUUCCGUGGGGAGGCAGGGGGAUUGGGCGAGCCUGAUGUGCGCGAUUUGUAUGUCGCAGCCGCCCGAGGCGCCGGCGACGGCCAGCCGCGAGUUUAGGGAUUUCAUUGCGUGUUGCCUGCAGAGGGAUCCGGCGAAGCGGUGGACGGCGCCUCAGCUGUUGAGGCAUCCAUUCAUCGCCAAUCGUUAGAUCAUUCUUGCAAAUUUGCCCCUCUGGAACUAACUGUGCUGCCCGUCGCUAAUCGUUAGAUCGUGUUUAGGAUUGUGGUAGGCCUUAAUUAAAAUCUGUUUUAGGCUUAUGGAGUUGCCAUUGCAUUGCAUCAUCAUGUGUUUGCUAUAUUUGUGUGAAGAUGUUGCACUCACUUGCUAUAAUCCACUAAAUCUACCACCACUAUCUUGCUUUGGAUUUUACUAUAAGAUGGUGUCUUUUAUUUGGGAAAAA